CCGCCGCCAUGGCCCGGCCGCUGGUGCCCAGCUCGCAGAAGGCGCUGCUGCUCGAGCUCAAGGGGCUGCAGGAGGAGCCGGUGGAGGGCUUCCGGGUGACCCUGGUGGACGAGGGUGACCUGUACAACUGGGAGGUGGCCAUCUUCGGGCCCCCCAACACCUACUACGAGGGCGGCUACUUCAAGGCACGCCUCAAGUUCCCCAUCGACUAUCCGUACUCCCCACCGGCCUUCCGAUUCCUGACCAAGAUGUGGCACCCCAACAUCUAUGAGACGGGGGACGUAUGCAUCUCCAUCCUCCACCCCCCAGUCGAUGACCCCCAGAGUGGGGAGCUGCCCUCAGAGCGGUGGAACCCCACCCAGAACGUCAGGACCAUCCUGCUGAGCGUCAUCUCGCUCCUCAACGAACCUAACACCUUCUCCCCGGCCAAUGUGGAUGCCUCUGUGAUGUACAGGAAGUGGAAAGAGAGCAAAGGCAAGGACCGGGAGUACACGGACAUCAUCAGGAAGCAGGUCCUGGGAACCAAGGUGGAUGCAGAGCGGGACGGCGUGAAGGUGCCCACCACGCUGGCCGAGUACUGUGUGAAGACCAAGGCCCCGGCGCCUGACGAGGGCUCGGACCUCUUCUACGACGACUACUACGAGGACGGCGAGCCCGAGGCCGAGGCCGACAGCUGCUUCGGGGAUGACGACGACGACUCUGGCAACGAGGAGUCCUGACACCGCGACCCUGAGAAUAAACUUACAGAUUUUACCUCAGCAGGCCCGGACUGUGUGGCGCCGAGACUGCCUCGCGGGAGGGGUGCUGCCUGGCCCCUCGGGUGGUCUCCUCGGGGGUCGCCCUCCUCCCCCGCGUGUGUCCUGGGUCCUCUGCUUCCGAGGGGAGGGCCGCCCGCCCUGUCCUCCCUCCCUGGGCGGCGGGGGCCUGAGGGACCCGGACCCCCCGCUUCUCCGCGGCUCCUGCUGGCUGGAGCCAGAGACUUGGGCUCCCAGCUCGUGUGUGGACGGAUUCACUUGUGGUCACCUCUUCUCUCUGCUUUGGUUUGUUUGGAAUCUAAAUAAAACGACUUUAUGAGAAGCUA